AUGAUCUAUAGCCAAAUACCUUAUGGAACACUGUCGGUAAAAGAAGUUUCGGGAUCCACAUCUACUACGGUUUGUAAUGUCACAAUCGAUUAUGCCCAUCUCGGACAAAAUGAUCACAUCGUAGUAUGGCUUGGAUUGCCUGAUAAGUGGAAUGGUCGAUUCCAGGGCGUAGGGGGUGGCGGCUAUGCUACGGGUGAACCGUCACGUAUGGAACCCGCUAUCUCUAAGGGGUAUGCGACAGUGGCUACGGAUGGUGGACAUAAUCUCCAGAAUUUCGCUUCCGUUGCACUUCACAAUAUGACGGCCAUGGGCAAGAAGAUCACCGAAUAUUAUUAUGAUAAAUAUGUUGCCAAGUCGUACUGGUAUGGCUGCUCGACUGGUGGAAGACAGGGCCUUAUGAUGGCGCAGCGAUAUCCAGACGCCUAUGACGGUAUCCUGGCUGAAGCUCCAGCAAUCAACUGGGCACAGUUCGUUCCUGCAGAGUUCUGGCCUCAGCUCGCUACGAAACUACUUGGUUAUAUUCCAACACAAUGCGAGCUCACUGCUAUUGCCGAGGCGGCUGUCGAAGCUUGCGAUGAGCUAGAUGGAAUGAAAGAUGGUAUUGUGUCUCUGUGGGGACAGUGCGAAUUCAACGCUAUAUCAGCAGUUGGUAAACCAUACAAUUGUACUGGCAGCGUCUCUGGUACAGUUAGUAACAAUGCUGCCACACUCGUACAAAAGAUCUGGGAAGGUCCACACGACGCUGAUGGCAAAUUCCAAUGGUACGGAUUAUCUCCGGGGACACAUCUAGGCAGACCAUCAAAUACCACUGUUACCUCCUCUGGUACCCUUAGUGCCGGCCCACCCUUUGCGGAACGGUGGCAAGAUAUAACAUGGCAUGGAGUCGCUGACCCACUUACAUUUAUCAACGGUUCCGUCAAUUAUUAUGAGCGUGUUAGUGCCAUAGAUGCUAAUGUCACUGAUUUCUACCGCUUCUUUUCCACGCCAGGUGUAGGACACUGUAGUGGUGGUAAUGGCGCCGCUCCUUCACGGGCACUCGAUCAGUUAGUCGAUUGGGUAGAGAGCGGUAAUGCGCCUGCAACAUUGCAAGCGAACUCGACUGUUCAAGGGAAAAUGUGGGAUAGGGAUUUGUGUCUAUUCCCAUCCAUGUCAAUCUAUAAAGGCUGUGACCCAUCAGAUGCUUCUUCCUACACGUGUGAGUAG